AGCUUCAGAUCAAUCAUUAGGAUCAUACUUCCCAAGCUUUCGAUGUAGCAAACUAUCUUGUAUUGUCAACAAGAGAGAUUGCAAUUACAACUUGGUUAUCUUAAUAUUGAUUACACGUCCAGUGCCCCGCAGCAAGCGGCACAAAAUGCCUGAGGUGAUUUCCAAAGAACCAGCAGUGCUGGUAUCUGCCUCCUCGUCCGUGACGGGACUGGCAGGGCCCAGCCUUAAAGAACCAGCAGUCCAGGUCUCUGCCUCUUCAUCUUCAUCAGUGACAGAGGCCGAACCACCUUAUCACAUCCUCUCAAAGAGGCAAAAAUGGAAUCUUGUUAUCUUUGUUUCUCUAGCAGGUGCCUUCUCGCCUCUAUCUUCCAACAUCUAUUUCCCUUCUAUUGACACCAUAUCCCACGACCUCAAUGUGAAUACGUCUCUAGUUGCUUUAACCAUCACUGUUUACAUGAUUGUCCAAGGUAUUGCGCCUUCCAUCUUCGGUACUUUCUCGGAUACCUGUGGUCGUCGUCUCACGUUCGCGAUCAGUUUGACCAUAUACACGGCUGCCAAUCUGGCUCUUGCUUUCACCUCUAACUAUCCUAUGCUGAUGGUUCUGCGAGGUGUACAGGCCGGAGGAUCUGCAGCUACUAUCAGUAUCAGUGCUGGUGUGAUUGCCGACAUUGCCAAUCCCGAUGAACGUGGCGGAUUUAUGGGGACGAAUGCUGGUGUGCGCAUGACCGGCCAAGCUAUCGGACCGAUUAUCGGAGGUCUAUUGAACAGUGCAUGGGGCUUCAGAAGCAUCUUCUGGCUCCUAUUCGUCAUGAGCGUGAUGGUUCUCAGUGCCCUUCUCAUUUUCCUACCCGAGACGCAACGAAGCAAAGCAGGAAACGGGAGCGUCCCCCUUUCAGGUUUCCAGAAACCACUGAUAUAUUACUUCAAACCACCAAAAGCAUGGGCAAAUUAUCAGUCUUCGGGAAAUGCAACAGAAAAAGGUGCAUCACAGAAGCCAGGUCCCAAAAUCAACUUCAGGAAAGCAUUUUCUCCUAUGGUCUACCUCUUCGAGAAGGAUAUUGCAGCACUCCUCGCAUGGGGUGCGGUGGCAUACACAGCCUGGAGCAUGGUGACAUCUUCCACCACGACACUGCUUCUGCACAGUUUCCCGUAUCUGAAACAGUGGCAAAUCGGUCUCUGCUUUCUACCAAAUGGACUUGGCUGUGUUUGUGGCUCCCUCAGUACCGGUUGGUUGCUAGACCAAAGCUUCAGACGUGCUCAGGCUCGCUUCAAGGAGCAACACAACAUCCCCGCCGAAGAAAGCGUGGUGAAAAGAUCGGAUUUUCCUUACAUAAAGGCUCGGUUGCGUCUCGUGCCCCUUUUCAGCAUCAUUCUCAUGGUAGCCCUUGUUCUUUACGGGCCAAGUUACAAGAUCAACGAGUUGCAUAGACAUUACAGCCCCAAUCUCGCCGCUCCGCUCAUUCUCCAAUUCAUUAUUGCGUUUUCAUCUACGUCGAUCUUCAAUAUCAAUUCCACCGUGUUGAUUGAUUGCUUCCCCGAUCGACCUGCCAGUGCGACUGCACUUAAUAACCUGUGUCGCUGUCUGUUGGGUGCGGCUGGAGUCAGUGUCAUCCAACCAUUGAUUAAUACUUUGAGAGCUGCGAAAGCUUUCUCCGUUGUGUCUGGGGCGGUGUUACUGUGCACACCGUUGAUUUGGAUUGAAUGGAAAUAUGGUGAGAAAUGGAGGCGAGAGCGAGAGAAGAGGUUUGCGGCGAGGGAAGGAGAUAACUGAUUCUUUUUUUCUUCUCCGAAAAGAGUUAUGAACAUAUUAGAUCGGGUUUCAAAAGUGGAGGAUACCUAGACUAUAGAGUGCUAGAAGUGCGAUAGAUUAGAUUUUGACGUUUGCAUAAUGUACCUAAGUACCGGAGUUCGAUUUUGAUAUAACAAUGCAUGAUACUUUCUUCUUACAUUGAAGUGACAACAA